AUGGAUUCGCGCUUUGCCAUCACCCGAGACGACCUUUACACUGUCCAGAUGGACGUCAAGCAAUUGCAGGCAGUACAGAUCAGCCAUGCUGAAAGGCUAGCACGUCUGGAGAAGCGCCAAGCCGAUGAAGCAUCAAUCAAGUCUGUGUGGAACUCUCCUUUUCCCAGCGCUCUGAGUGGGACUCCACAACAUGGGCCCAUAGAGAUGCCUCCACCGGAUGAGAUAUUCGAUGACUUUGAGGAACAGGGUCAGAGUCUGCUGGGCAGCCUGCACUUGGACACAGAAGACGAGCCGACACGACGUGGGGCUGCGUCCAGAGCCAACAGCGUACGCUUUGAUGAAAGUGCCCUGCAGGGGUCAAGCUGGGCACAGAAUGGUCGUCAAUCUGGCGAUUUCGGACCAGUCCGUCCCGGCAGCGGGAUGGGAAGCCAUGGGAUGGAACGCACAUUUUCACACAAGUCGGAUGGCAGGCACAGCUCUGCUGGACACUCGGUCCACUCGGUACAUUCUCAUCACUCUGUAGCCUCCGGCCGAGCCAGUAGCUUGGGGCUCGAUGCAACAUUCACCACGAAUGGUCGAGAGGACGAGUCUCCAGUGGGAAUGCCAGAACCACCCGCCAGUCUCUUUGUGCUUGGGUCCGUGCCGUCAAUCAUUCGCUGCUGGCUCACGCCAAAUUUUGCGCAUGACACGCUGCUACAUGCGGUGGUUUGUACAGGGUCACAAAGGUCAACUAUCGAAUACUCGCUUCUUCGAGACCUCGAUCUGGCUGAAGAUAUCCACCGAGAUCUCGACGGUGUCCAGCGCAUCCGAUUGCCAGUGUACUUGACUGAAGCGACUUCGAAUGCACACUCGACAUCACGGGGGAUGAGCCCUGCACCCCAAAUGCCGAGCAUCGCUGUCAGUUUCGAGGUUGCUGGCAUCGAAAUGCCUGACUCUCCCGAUGUCAGGAGAUCGAUCCGAGUAUUCGUUGGGAGCGAAGCCCUGAGAGAACACUCGGCCGAUAUCCUGUUCUCGCGCAACGUCAUGACGCUCUACAGCUCAGAUCGAGGGAAGCUGACGGUGCCAUUCGUGCGCCCUGAUGACUACGCAUCAUUCAAGACCAUACGAACUUUGGCGGUCUCGCAAGAGAGGCCCAAGCUGAAUGCUACCGCCCGACCAUUCGUCUUUUCAGAACCUAAACAAGUGGACGUCACCGACACUACCACCGACGGGGAACAGGAGGAUGAUUUCGACGUUCGAGAUACUCGGCAGCCACUGACGCCACCCGCUGAUGGACAUAUCGCUCAGACGCAGGGCGUGGCCAGCACUAUGUUGGAGAAUGGGGCUGGAGAGGAUAGUGCCGAGCGCAAUCACCUUGUUCCUGAACGUGACGUCCAGGAGCGCGAGAAAUCCCCAGACGGGUCUUCCGGCGAUGGGAGUCGACGUGAAGUUGGAUCCGGAGGCAUUUGGAGUUCGUGGCGGCAGAGCUCGAACCCUUCAAAGAUGACGUCAAAGGACGGAGCUCCACUCAGUGGAUAUCAGCCCGCUGGUCGAGGACGGAGUAUGAAGAUAUUGAAGCCACUGAAGGCGAGCAAUUCGACAUCUGCCAGGACCGGGUCAUCGUUGGAGGGAUCUGCUGCGCCUGCGGCCCCGAGGACUAGUGGAGAGCAAAGUCGAAAGAGCCAAGUCGGCACAGAAGUGGCAGCCGUGAGCAGCAACGGCGGAAUCAUACGGCCUGAAGCCAAACGAGUGGUUUCGACAGUUGCGUUUGACACCAAGCCCGCAGUAUCAGCUCCUGCCUCGACCCGCGAAUCUCGAGCAUCGUCCGCCGCGGCUCGGACUUCUGCCAACCCAGUUGGUGGUGCAUCUGCGUUCUCCUGGAUGACUCCUGGCUCAAGCAAGCGACGGACGUCGGCUGCGACGGCAGAGUCGAUUGGACGUUGA